AUGACAGGGUUAAUGAAGAAGUAUGAUAUCAUCCAUAAAGUGGCCACAGCAUACCACCCACAAACGAAUGGCCAAGCCGAGGUCUCCAAUCAGGAAAUCAAGCGCAUAUUGAAAAAGGUUGUGAAGCCUCACAGGAAAGAUUGGAGUUCUAAGCUCGGUGAUGCACUUUGGGCUUACCAGACGGCCUACAAGACGCUGAUUGGUAUGAGCCCAUUCCGGUUGGUCUAUGGGAAGGCUUGCCAUCUACCGAUGGAGAUAGAGCAUAAAGCAUAUUGUGCCGUAAAAGAAUGCAACACAGGUUUUGGGGUUGGAGUCGAAAGGAAGUUACAAUUGGUGGAGCUUGAGAACCUUCGCUAA